AUGUCCAACUCUCGUGGCCUUCCCGAUGUCUUGAUGACAAAGGUAGACGAGUACGUCGACUCGCUUGCUCCACAGAUCCAGCCCCGCAUCGCGUCUGAGAUCGACACCUUCCAGACGAGAACCAUCGAUAGUCUUGAAGACCAGGUUGUUGACGCCUUUCGUUCGCUCUUCAACAAGGACAAGAGCUCUAGCGAUGGCUCGAGAGGAUUGAACGACACACCGCCCGAUGCCUAUGGCAUUCAGUCCCUGCCCUUCGCCGACGAGAUUGGCAAGCUCACCCGCAGCUUCAGCGUCAUCACAGACGAAGCAGGCGAUGACCUACGAGACAUCUUCAACCUCACCGACGAGGCCCGUGGAGGAGGAGGCGGCGGUCCCGAGACCCAAUCCCGCGGCAUCAGUCACAGCGACUCAUUCGGCGGGGCAAAGGGCUUCCUCUCCUCCGCCAUCAAUGUCGUCCAGGACCAUCUGGAGAAGAACAAGGGCUCAGGUGGCGGCGGUGGCCAGGGCUUCGAGCUCGACGGUCUCCUCGGCGUUCUCAGCAACACCGUCAAGGACGCCGCGCGGAACCCCGAGGAGAAGGCUCGCGUGAUCAGUCCUGAGAUCAAGGAGAAAGUUGGCAUGAAGCUGAGGGAGCAGCACGCGCCUAUUGCGGAGCAGUUCACCAAGAUUGCGCUCGAGCACAUCAAGCGCUGGCUGCGCGGCAACACGAGCACGCGGGACCUCGGCGACGGCGUCAAGGGUGAGAUUGAAGACCAAGUCAAGGAUUUGGUCAAGGGGCUUGGAGGCCUGUUUGGAAACAAGAAGAGCUCGCAAGAGGGUAGCCGCGGUAUCGGUGAUCGCGACGGUGCCGAGGGUGAAGGCGAAAGGGGUGGAUUUUCCAAGGUCAUUAGCGACAAGCUCAGCACGGGUCUGGCAAAGGUGCACAGGGAAGUCCGUCUAGAGUUCCGCAAGAUUCUCGGUGCCAUCGAAAAGCAGCUCUUCGAGCUCCUGCCGGACGCCUUCCAGCUACCACUGGAGAAGAUCCUAGGCGGAAACCCAUUCGACUCUCAGCUCGACCGCGACGCUGGCGGACACGCGGACCGCGGGUUUGGGGAUGAUAUCAAGGUGAAGCUGGUCAACAAGAUCCGAGCCCUGGUCCGCAAGGUACAGGAGACGCUGCGGGAGAGUAUCCUCGGGGUUGUCAACGGUGGUCACCGCAAGUUUGAGCGCGAGAGCUGGGUGUUUGUGCAGAAUAUCGUCGAGCAAAAGGUGCAGAAGUACCUUCCCAAGGUCAAGAUCAACGUGCCGGAUGACAUUGGCAACGAGAAUGUCAGCGUUGGUGCGCCGACGGCGGUAUCUCAGCUUGGCGGUGAGCAUCACUCGGGCCAGUCCCAGGGCGGUGACUACGCGCCCCCUCCAUCGCAGCAGUAUGGUGGGCAAGGCUCGCAUCAGCAGUCGUACAACCCUCCCCCUAGCCAGGAGUACCGACCCGAGCAAUAUCAGCAGCAGCAGCAGCACCAAUCACAUCAGGAGUACCGGCCUGACCAGAAUCAGCCCCCAUCUUCAUACCAGCAAUACCACUCGGAUCAGUACCAGGGCCAGGGCCAGGGUCAGAACCAGAACUACAAUCAGAAUUACAACCAAAACCAGAACCAAGGCUACGACCACAGACAGGGUCAGAACUACGGAGGAAACCAGAGUCACGGAGGGAACCAGGGCUAUCAACAGAACCAGGGAUACGGCGAGAACCCUCAUUACUAA